AUGGAUAGACCCCUGGAUUCAAUAGACGAUCGGACUCACCUCGUCACGGGCCUCGAUUGCAGCAAUUUUAGUCCAUCCAUUUUCGCCUACUGUACCAAUCGCGGUUCUGUUCGUCUUCACGACAUGCGCUUAAGCACCAGCUGUGAUUAUCCUGUAAUGGUUUUUGAUAGCGUUUCUCCUGAUGAGCCAAACAUAUGGACCUUGUUUGUCAGCGCUUUCACAGAUGUCAAGAUGGGUCAGACAAGCGAUCGGUUUAUCUACACGCGUGACUAUCUUACUGUGAAAGUGUGGGACACCCGUAUGUCUACCAGCCCGGUGGAAACGUAUCCUGUCCAAACUGAACUUCGCAAUCAUCUUAACGUUCUGUAUGAGUCAGAACUACUCUGUGACGAUUUCAAGCUCUCAGUCUCUUCAGACGAUCGGUUUAUUGUGACGGGAUCAUAUAAUCGCUCCAUAAAAGUAUUCGAUCGCCAGGCCAAACAAGAUCCCGAGUAUAGUUUGAUUAUGCAAAAUGAAGAAAUCAAUCCAUUCAUUGAUCCAUUCCGGGCUGCGGACGAGCCUUCCUCAUUCGCUUCUGCACUGUCCGACACUGCAGAAUUACCCUGGCCACGGCGAAUCGCUGAGGCCCCGAAGAACGCUGACAAUCCACUCGGAUCAAACUUCUCCUCCGAUUUCCGGUUCGGUAUGGACAUGGGCUGUCGAUGGCUUCAGGUCAGCUGGAGACCGGGAGCCUACGUGGUCGCUGUUAGUCACAGCGACGGAAUUCACUUACUGGAAGCCUUAUGCUAG